GUACUUAAUAGUCGACUGCAAAUGAAGGGGAAAAAAAACUUAGUCGAUUGCAAAUGUUCUAGAUCUUUCUGGAUUUUUAUGCCUUCAUCUUCCCGUCAUUUCUACAUAACAUCUUCAAUCUGUUGUUCCUCCAUCUUCGUCCCUUAUCUUCCGUCUGCAUAAACCCACCAAAAACCCUAUCAUAUAUGUUAAAAUCGAAAGGUACCCAUUAAUUUUCUCCGUCGCUGUAUAGCUGGGACAAAUUCACAACUUCAGUCUUUGACUUAUGUUCUUAAAGUAAGAUUAGGCCGUGAAGCAGUAUCAGAUGCUUCUUCUAGGGCUGGUUUUAAGAAUAUAUGAGCUUUUCUCUUUUCAAUCUCAAAGGAAAGAGGCGCAAGAGAUAAAGUAACUAACAAUGUUUGGAGUAGUGUUCCCAAACCGAAGCUUCCCUAUGGAUAUCUCCACCUUUGCUCAAAUUGACACCACCCAUUGGGUUCUGGACAUGAACACCUUUGUUGGGGAAGCAUACGAUUCAAUUCGUGAAGUCUGCAUAUUCCUCAUCAACAACUUCACACUGCCACCAGACAAGGCCCUCGCUGUGUAUAUCCAAUCCCCUGGCUCACCUUUCCUCUUUUGUGGUGCAGUCACGUUGACGCGACCCUCUGCCGUGCUGUCACUCCCUUGGCCAGAGCCCGGUGGCCAACUGCAGCUCACUGCCGAUGCAACUCCAGUCUCUGCCAAGAUAGGUGUCUCAGUUGAGGACCUUGCAACACUUCCCUCCCUUGAUGUCACCGCAGAGAAGAAAAUCGAGAGGUUGGCACUGAAAGUUGGUGAAAACUUGUUCAAUUUUAUGCAGUCGUUUUGUGGGGUGGAUGGCAGUAAGCUGGUGGUGCCUAUGGAUAUAUUGGAUCGUUGGUUCAAGAAAUUCCAGGAACGAGCAAAGCGAGAUCCAGAAUAUUUGAAGGGCUUCGCGUUGUAGUUCGGCUCAGAAGUAUAUUUCAUGUUUGAAGGUUCCACAUGAGAAUUUACUGAGUUGAUUGUUGUAGGAUUGUGAUAUGUUAUUUUCAGUAUUUGGUUAACUUUGGGCGGCAACCACUGUCUAAUGUUGGUUCUUGGAAAAGUGAGUCAAUCUUUUAGCAUUUGAGUUACAUUUGAAGGGUGUAAUGCAGUUUCUUCUCUUUGUUGUACUGAUUAUGUUCAGAAAGUUUUCCCGUAAAUUGAGUUCCAAAGGGAAGAGAAAGAAAAAGAGCAGCAAGGAGGUGGAACGUCGGAAAUUUGGGAAAAUCCUUUUUUCUAAUGAAGUGUACUCACUCUGUUCCAUUUUAUGUUGCA